AUGGCCCUCACAAAAGAAGUCGUAAUCCUCCUCGUGAUUGUCGGCUGCGUCGUCUUCACGCUGUUGGGCUACUCGAUCCACUACCUCGCGACAAACGGGUUCCACGGCGAGGGGCAGGACCCUGAGAUGGGGCAAGAACAGAGACAGUAUAUGCGACAACUCCGCAUGAAGCAGUUACACUGGAUGGCGAGGGAGGCGAGGGAUGCAAGGAGGCCUCAUGAUGUUGAGACACCAGUUUCGGGGGUUUAUUCGACAAAGGAGGGGUAUUGA